AUGUCCUCCAAGAUCGCAAUCGUUACCGACAAGGCCCCCAAGCCCCUCCCCGGCGUCUACUCCCAGGCCAUUGUCGCCAAUGGUGUCGUCUACUGCUCCGGCUCUGUUGCAUUGGACCCUGUCACUCGCACUUUGAUCGACGGUGAUAUCAAGGCCCACACUCACCAAUGCAUCAAGAACCUGUCCCAUAUCCUCGAGGAAGCCGGCACCGACAUUACCAAGGUCGUCAAGGUCAAUGUGUUCCUAUCCAACAUGGAUGAUUUCGCCGAGAUGAACUCCGUCUACGUGCAGUACUGGGGUGAUGUGAAGCCCUGCCGGACGUGUGUUGCGGUCAAGACCCUCCCUCUCAACACUGAUGUCGAGAUUGAGUGCAUUGCUGUGCUAUAA